AUGCGUGAAAAAUCUGAUCCAUCUUUCCUGGACUACCUACUUUCUAUAGGAAAUGGAACACAGGAAAAAAUUCACAAUGAUUAUAUCAAGAUCCCAGAUCCUUUUUUGAUUCCAUAUCAAGAUGAAGGCACUUCUUUAUCAGAGCUGAUUUCUACAAUUUAUCCAUCUUUUGAUGAUUUUUGUCAAAGUGAUCUACCAAAUCUAAAUAAAGCUAUACUAACAACAAAAAGUGAUUUUGUUGAUUAUAUUAACUCAACUCUCAUACAACAGUUUCCGGUGAUGCUUCUGAAUACACAAGUACAGAUAGGACUCUUAAUAAAUAUUGAUCUGCCAAAAGGCCCAUGUAACGGUACUAGGCUUAUUAUCAAGUCUCUUAGAGAUAAUGUUAUAGAUGCGGUUAUUAGUAGUAGUGGUGAAUUUGCAGGAAAACAGGUGUUCUUGCAUAGAAUUCAGUUCAGAACUUCUGCUGAUAGUAACUAUCCUAUUCCUUUUGAGAGAAUUCAGUUUCAUGUUAGACUAUGUUUUGCAAUGACCAUAAACAAGGCUCAAGGCCAGACAUUAGAUACUACAAAGUUUGGCACAUCUAUACUGAUUAAUCUGCCAUUACCCGAAGUUGUUGAACUGUGCAAUUGGUAUAAUGAAGAAGAGGAAAAAAUUCAGAGGCUAAUUUCUGCUGAGGCAUAUGUAAAUAGAGAGUUUCUUCUUCCUAUGCCACUAGCUUCUGACAUUAAAACUAUAGAUGAUUUGCUUUCGCUGCUAGAAGGAACUAUUUCCUAUGAUGUUAUAGAAGGAAUGAUGAACAAGAACACCAUUAUUUGUUUAGUCAAAAAAACUUCUAGCUUCUACGAAUCAUAUGGAACUGAUGAAUUUGCUACAAUCAUUGCUCAUGCUAUUCCUAAUAUCAAUGAAGACAUGCUCAAUUCUUUCAUCACUAGUUGUUCUCUAGUUACAUCUAAUGAACAAUACAUAGCCUAA